AAGAAGAAGAAGAAGAAGAAGAAGAAGAAGAGAAGAAGAAGAAGAAGAAGAACCAUAGCAACGGUUAAACAAAGAUGGCGGCCUCGGCCAUUAUAGUUUGGUUCAGUUUAACCAUUUUCUCUGCAUUUGUCUUGAUUAUUUCCGCUUCUACAGACCAACCAGCAACAAGCGGUGACUUUAAUACGACUGCUCUGGACGACCAAAGCUUUAUUUAUAAUGCUACAGAUAAUUAUACAACUACGGACCUCCCAAAGCCCCCGACAACGACCCCAACACCGAGCUACAGCAGCACGGAGCCUGUCCCACCCGCCGAGCCGCUGCCCGUCUCCGGCAGCCUCCUCACCCCGGUGACCGACGUUGGCAGGUUGUGUCCCUGUGAUGACCACCAGGAUGUGUGUGACAUGAACUGCUGCUGUGACAGAAAGUGUAAGGAGGAGGAGUCUCUGUUCACCAGGUGCUCCGUUGGUUCUGUAAGAGGCAGCAGGCAGCUGUGCGAGCGGGACGUAGCUUCAUAUACUUUGAGGACAAAAAUAGACGGUUACUCAGAGCUGACGUCAUCGGUCCAGAAGGAGACAAACUACGAUGUCUUCUGUAUUCAGUCACAGAACCGUGUUGAUGGAUUGUCUCAUCCCUCACCGACUCUACCAACUGAAUCCAACUUUGAGGAGCUCUUUAAACAGUUCACUAGCUUCAUAUUCGGCUCUGUCAGCAGCGAUAAGAUGUUUCCUGCAGAGGUCCAGGCUUCAUCUGGAUACCAGUUUGGGGAUGUGAUGCUGACAGCAGGAGAUGGCGAGGAUGGAGGAAUGCUGUACCUUCCAGCUGCUGCUGUCACCGCUGACUGUGUGAACAGUCCUGCAGCAUUCCUGAAGGAUCAGAGAAGUCGGUGUUCCCGGCGUGUGGUCCUGGAUCAGGACUGCAGCUCCCUGCCAGGACUCAACAUGAACACCUACACCAACAUCCAGCUGUCUGCUGGGAAGAAAACAGAUGCAGCAGUUGUUCCUGUGGAGGUGAAAUCCAUCAUCCUGCAGUCUGCAGAGGGGACGCAGACAGAGCUGACCAUCAGUGGUGGAGAAGACCUCCGCCCUGUUCUUCUCAGGCCCACCCUCUGUGCUAAUGUGGUGCUGAAGGUUGUUUAUGUGAUAAAGUACACGUCGGCCGGAUACGUGGUGAAUGCAACGGUGUCUCUGGUGCUGGGAUUCAUCCGUCAAGCUGCAGUUCUGCUGGAGCAGGAGUUCCAGCUCACGUUCAUCCAGGAGAACGGAGGAGACAUGCCUGUGCAGUACAGUGGAAAUCCAGGUUACGUGGUGGGAAUGCCGCUCGUGUCCGGAACAAGAACAACAAAUGGGAUCAGCCGAAGCCUGGACCUCAGAGACACUCUGUCUGUCCUCCACAGCAGUCCAGACCAAGACUGUCUGCAGGGUCCACAUCGGCGCUCCCCCGUCCUGUUCGGCCUGGACUCUGUGUCCGGCUGCACAUUAAGACUGGAGGACACUAACUGCUCCCUGGUCUCCCAGCUGGUUCUGGAUGUUCUCAGAGGACCAGACUAUCCCCAGUAUGUGGCCUCCUUUGGAAACUCUCCAUUAGAAAGUCCACUGGACUGGAUACAGAUCAGGAGCCUGGUGCAUCCCUCGGACUCUCCGGGCUGCAGCAUCCCUCUGUCACGUCAUUUGGAAGUUGAAUGGACCAAAUAUGGAUCCCUGCUGAACCCCCAGGCUCAGAUAGUGAGCAUCAGAGAAGUCAUCCAGACCAACACCAGCAGUUUGACGGUGCUCUCCAGCAGCAGCAUCCUCCCGGUCAGCAGCUCCGUGGCCUUCAUCCCUGCAUCUGCAGCAGCUGUUCCAGGAUACAGAGCCACGCCCACCAUCGAUGCCAAGCUGCCCUUUGACUUCUUCUUCCCGUUUGUGUAAUGCUUCCAUCCUCCCCUUCAUCACCUCAAUCUGCAUCAGUAAACUGUGUGAAUAUUGUAAAUAAAUUUUUAUUUAAUAAUU